ACUCCAACUUUGAGAGUGCACAUUUAGACAUCUCAACUAACAACUAAAACUCUAAAUUCAUCUCCGAUGUGUCUUGUGGACACCCUAUGCUGAUGUGACACGUAAAUUUGGAGGUGUCUAGAUGAUCAUUUUGAAAAUUGGAGUGUUUUAACUUAUGACGCAGUGGAGAUGAGUUGAGGUGUCUAGACGUGCGUACUCAAAGCUGGAGUGUUUAAUUGGCUGAGGCCAAGUUAAAGUAUUAUGCCUUUUAGAAUGCACCAGCUUUGAAAGAGUAAUGAUUUGCACUUUCAGCUGUUGGCGUCUUGCAAUCAAAAGGAGUGAAACAAGCUUAAAUGGAGUAGCACGGUCAGUGAGGAUUCAUAUAGCCGUUGACUCACUUGCAUAGUAGUUAUAGUUGUCGUCGUUGUGAAAAUCCAAUGAACCUUUCCUAUUAUCUUUCUUCUUUUGAUACUCUUACUUGGAUCAGGGACAUAAAAUGAUGGAUCUCUGGCUGGUUUUCUGUGGGAAGUAUGAGUGUUCACAAAAGGCUGGAGAGAGUUGCAGUUCAACUUUUCUUGAUACAUUUUCAUGCACCAGUCAUAUAUUGAUCAUUUUUGCAAAUAUCCUGCUUCUGAUGAUUCUUGUUUUCCUCUUUUCUACCAAGUUCUCAUCACGAAAGAGCGUGGCGUCCUCUGAGUUCCAAGGCAAUUCUAUCUUGUCAGGUUGUUCGUACAUUUUCAAUGGCAGUUUAGCUUUAGCAUACUUGAGUUUUGGGACAUGGAAAGUUUUGCAGAAACUCAUCGCUCAACAAACUGUUCUACCGCUACAUCAAUGGCUGGUUCCGUUGUCACAAGGGCUCACGUGGUUGCUGCUGAGUUUACUUUCCAUUUACAAGAAGCAGUAUACUUCUUCACCAGGGAAGCUGUGUGUUUUUCUUGCAAGCUUACUAGCAGCAUUUCUUUGUAUUUCAUCCGUAUGGCAAGUAAUCAUAGAGAAUGUAGUGUACACAAAAUCAGUCUUGGACAUGCUACCACUACUAGGAGUGGUUUUAGUGACCGUUUCUGCAUCCAAAGGCCAACGGGAUAUAAGCACUUGUGAAACUCUUCUGGGAGAAGAAGCCGAUAAUGCCUGUGGUAAAGUUGAAUCGAAUGAGAAAACAACUCCAUUUGCCAAAGCUGGAAUAUUUAGUAGAAUGUCAUUUUGCUGGUUGAAUGAUUUACUGAAGAAGGGCAAGGAGAAAACUCUCAAUGAUGAGGACAUUCCAGAGUUGAGGCCGGAGGAUCAAGUUGGGACGUUGUACUCGUUGUUUAAGGAGCAAGUAAAUAAAAGAAAGCAAAACAUUUCAAAUGCUCGGCCUUCUGUAUUUUCAGCAAUAGUCUGCUGUCAAUGGAAAGCCAUUGUGGUAUCUGGAUUGUUCGCGCUGAUUAAGACGGUGACUGUGUCAAUAGGGCCCUUGUUUCUUUAUGCCUUCAUUGAACUUGCUAAAGGAAAUGGAGCUUUCAAAUAUGAAGGUUAUGUGUUAGCCGGGGGAAUCCUUAUCGCUAAAUGCAUAGAAUCAUUAGCAGAGAGGCAAUGGUUUUUCAGGACUAGAUUAAUCGGUCUUCAAGUUAAAUCCUUGUUAACUGCAGCUAUAUACAAUAAGCAACUCCGUCUUUCAAACACUGCUAAGAAUACUCACUCACCUGGUGAGAUAAUAAACUAUGCCACAGUUGAUACCUUUAAAGUUGGUGAAUUUCCAUAUUGGUGUCAUCAAAUAUGGACAACGGGUGUUCAGGUAUGCAUUGCACUAGUCAUAAUGUAUUAUGCUGUGGGAUUGGCUACCAUACCAGCGCUACUAUUAGUUGUAGCAAGUGUGCUAGGAAAUUCUCCGGUUGCUAAAUCACAGCACAAGUACUUGACAGAGCUUAUGAUUGCACAAGACAGAAUGCUAAGGGCCAUAACUGAAGCUCUUACUAGUAUGAAAGUGUUGAAGUUAUACGCGUGGGAGAAGCAUUUUAAGAAUGCAAUUGAAAAGCUAAGAGAAGACGAAUACCGAUGGCUAUCAGCAGUGCAGAUGCAGAAAGGCUAUUACCUGGUUUUGUUUUGGUCAACGCCAAUUAUAGUAUCUGCGGUUACUUUCUGUUCUUGCUACUUACUCAAAGUCCCUCUUAAUACCACUAAUGUCUUCACAUUCCUUGCCACUUUACGCAUUGUCCAGGAACCUGUUAGGUCAGUUCCUGAUAUUCUUGGAGUAUUCAUAGAAGCAAAAGUCUCGUUAUCUCGAAUUGUGGAAUUUCUUGAGGCUCCGGAGUUGCAAAACAGACGUACAGAGCAGAAGUACCAGGGAAAGCAACUUGAGCAUUCUAUAAUCAUCAAGUCCAAAGGGAUAUCAUGGGAUGCAAGUUCACAUAAUCCUGCAGUGAAAAGUGUAAACCUUCAUGUCAAACAAGGGCAAAAGCUAGCUAUCUGCGGAGAGGUUGGUUCUGGUAAAUCGACUCUUUUAGCUGCAAUUCUCGGAGAGGUACCAUACGUUGAUGGCUUGGUUCAAGUUCAUGGAACGGUGGCAUACGUCUCUCAGAAUGCAUGGAUUCAGACAGGAACAAUAAGAGAGAACAUACUUUUUGGUUCCACAGUGGAUCGAAUCAAAUACCAAGAAGUACUUGAAAGGUGUUCUCUUGUCAAGGACCUUGACAUGUUUCCUUUUGGUGACCAAACAAUUAUUGGAGAAAGAGGGGUUAACCUCAGUGGUGGACAGAAGCAGCGAGUUCAGCUAGCACGUGCACUGUAUCAAGAUGCAGACAUAUAUCUAUUGGACGAUCCAUUCAGCGCAGUUGAUGCUUAUACCUCAACCUGUCUAUUUAAUGAAUAUGUCAUGGGAGCUCUUUCUGGAAAGACAGUCUUGCUUGUGACUCAUCAAGUAGAUUUCCUUCCUACAUUUGAUUCAAUAUUGCUAAUGUCUGAAGGAAACAUCAUACAGUCAGCUUCUUUUGAUCAGUUGCUUCUUUCUUGUGAAGAGUUUCAAAACCUCAUUCAUGCACAUGAUGAGGCGAUUAAAAGUGAGAGUAAUCGAGGGUGUUCUCCACAACAAAGGACCAAAAGCUCAGUAGAAAAUAUUCAUCCAUUGUGUGCGGAAGAACAGCUGAUAACACCUGUUGGUGAACAGUUGAUCAAGCAAGAAGAACGAGAAACAGGAUACACCGGUCUUAAGCCGUAUAAACAAUAUCUUGGCGAAAGCAACGGCCUUUUUUACUUCCUUUUGGUUAUAUUUUCACACCUCCUAUAUAUGGUUGGCCAGCUAGGACAAAAUCUUUUGUUAGCUGCUGAUUUACAGAGUUCAAGAACCAGCAAAUUGAGUCUCAUCCUAAUAUACUCAUCCAUAGGUUUUGGUAUGUCGGUAACCUUGUUAUUUAGGUCCUAUGUAGUGAUUAAUUUAGGCCUCAAGUCUUCAAAAUCUAUUUUUGCUAAGUUACUAACGUCUAUAUUCCGAGCACCAAUGUCAUUUUACGACUCAACACCACUCGGAAGAAUACUUAGUCGGUUGUCUUCAGACCUCAGUGUUUUGGAUCUCGACUUGUCAUUUCGAUUCAGUCAGGCUGCAUCCUCAACCUUGACCACAUACUUCAGCUUAGGAAUAUUGGCUGCUCUCACCUGGCCAAUCUUGAUUAUCAUUAUACCGAUGAUUUAUAUGACAGUGAUAUUACAGAGAUUCUAUUUUGCUUCAGCAAAGGAACUCAUGAGAAUUGAUGGCACAACAAAGUCAGCUGUUGCUAGCCAUCUUGCUGAAGCCAUAGCGGGAGCAAUGACCAUCAGAGCUUUCGAGGAGGAGGAUCGUUUUUGCACAGAAUAUCUACAACUUGUUGAUAGAAAUGCAAUUGCAUUUUUCCACAGCUUUUCAGCAACUGAGUGGUUGAUCCAACGACUAGAAAUACUCUGCGCCAUAGUUCUCUCAUCCUCAGCCUUAGCCAUGGUUUUACUUCCCUUUGAAGCUUCUGACUCAGGAUAUAUUGGCAUGGCUCUAUCGUAUGCUCUUUCAUUGAACGUGUUCCUAGUUGCUUCGGUCCAAACCCAAUGCAUGCUAGAAAACGCCAUUAUUUCAGUAGAAAGAUUAGAGCAAUACAUGCAUAUUCCUAGCGAACACACUGAAUUUUUACAAGACAAUAGACCUGAUCCCUCUUGGCCUUCCAUUGGUAAAGUGGAGAUUGUUGAUUUAAAGGUCAGAUAUCAACCGACUGCUCCACUUGUUCUACAAGGCAUUAGCUGCACCAUUGAAGGUGGAUAUAAAGUUGGAAUUGUUGGCAGGACAGGUAGUGGGAAAACAACUCUUAUCAGUGCCUUGUUUCGCUUGGUAGAACCAACAGAAGGAAUGAUCAUCAUAGAUGGCAUAAACAUCUCAACAAUCGGGAUUCAUGAUCUUCGAUCUUCUUUAUCAAUCAUUCCACAAGAUCCCACGCUUUUUAGCGGAACUGUCAGAUACAAUCUUGAUCCACUGUCAGAGCACACUGAUCAGGAGAUAUGGGAGGUUUUGAGGAAAUGUCAACUUCAAGACGUUGUUCAACAGAAAGAAGGAAGACUAUACUCCUCAGUGUCACAAGAUGGAUCAAAUUGGAGCAUGGGACAAAGACAGUUAUUUUGUCUUGGAAGAGCAUUAUUAAAAAGAAGAAAAAUAUUAGUUCUUGAUGAAGCAACAGCAUCAAUUGACAAUACAACAGAUUCAAUAAUUCAAAAAACAAUUAGGACAGAAUUUGAGGAUUGCACAGUCAUAACUGUAGCUCACAGAAUCCCAACAGUAAUGGAUUGCACUAUGGUUCUUGCUAUAAGUGAUGGGAAGCUGGUAGAGUAUGAUAAGCCAAUGAAACUUAUGAAUAAAGAAAGUUCAUUAUUUGGACAGCUUGUUGAUGAAUAUUGGUCACAUUCUCAACAUGUUGACAUACAUAUGAGUAACCAAUAUGGAACUCAUUAAUAAGAAUUUUAAGUUAUAUACAUUUAAUUCGCGCUUAUACGACGCGUUAUGUUUUUUUUUGUUUUCCAGUUAUCAAUUAAUACUAAACUACACAUUAAUAAAUCAUUGCAUUCACAAGUCAAAA